CUAGAAAUAUUCUCUCAUACCCUGAUCCGUUAUAGCACGAUCAGGCGACGGAGCUCUGGCGAAAGAGAAGGAUUUAACGGAGAUGGUUUUCGAUUAAAGGGCUGUUUUAUCGCCAGUUGAUUCUCAAGUAAUCGCAGUCUCGCUCAAGAGGACUGACAACAUUUCACUACUUUUUUCUACAAUCUUAUCGACAGAGCAAUCUCUAUUGUCUAGAGUCUGGGGUCACUAUGCAUCACCCCCAUAUUUUUAUCUCAAGAUCGAAGGCAUCAUCCAUUAUUUUUACAAACGAAAAACAGUGAAAGGCAGAAUUACUCAGCAUCACAAUUUUGACAGAAACAGAUAUCACUUUGUUAUCGGAGGAUCACAAAGUAGAUGAAGAAAUAUAAUAUAACACGGCGGGAAGAUGCUCAAUGCAAGAAAUUACAUAAAGACACGAGGAUAGAGUAAAGAGUUGGACAGCUUGUAAAGGACAAGGUUCUUCUUUCUGGAGCUGUCUAGUGCAUAACACGGACUAAAGCACGGUGAACCUGUUUGAAACUGAAAAUGAUGCUGAGUCCAGAACAAACUGAUUCAGAUCUGCCGUGGAGCCAGUCAGACGCUGAAACUAUGCUGAACGAUAUAAAGGUUGGCUGCAUCACGGAUGAGGCCAUGGAGGGAGAGGGCAAGACGAAGUCUCUGGCCCCGCAAACCCUCAGCAGGGAGGAAAAGAGGAGGCGUAGACGCGCCACAGCCAAAUACCGUUCAGCCCAUGCCACUCGCGAGAGAAUCCGGGUUGAAGCCUUCAAUGUUGCCUUUGCCGAACUGAGGAAGCUGUUACCUACCCUGCCCCCUGACAAAAAGCUGUCCAAGAUUGAAAUUCUGAGACUAGCUAUUUGUUACAUUUCAUAUCUAAAUCAUGUGUUGGAUGUUUAGCAGAAGGACCAUAUUUAUGAUUAGUAGCCUAACGUACUCCAAGGACACAUGGGGGGCCUAUUUUCGGCAAACAACACAGUAUCCUAAUUUCGCAGUUUGUGGUCUGACAUUUUGUCUUUUUGCGCUACCAACAUAACAAGUGCAAUUGGAAGAGAUAGAAACCACGUAAGAUGGCUACCACCCAAGUGUUCAUUAGACAGGUAUUAAUGAAUUUAAUUAGAUAUUAUGGAUUAGAGCGAAAAUAAUACCCCUUUAACCAAAAUGGUGAUUGCUCAAAGAGUCGUGAAACAUUUAAGACUGUGGUCCCUGCUUUAAGCUAUAGGCUACACAGAAUAAAUGAUGCAAUAAGGUCGAGAGGGACUUAAAACAAAUUGAAUAACUUAUGUUAUUAUAUGGACACACCAGUGUAGAGCAUUUUUUUCUAGCUCGAAAAAAGAGAUAACCCGGCCCGGUUGCAUCACUCUGUAUAACAGUGAGGAAAAAACAACCCCUCUCCUCUAAUAGCUGCUCUGUAGAUGUAGUUGUUGUUCAAUCAGGAGGAAAUGACGUAUAAGUGCCACUUGAAUUAUGACAUCGUGACCAUAACCACUCGUAUUUAAAUAUUUAUUUGUUAUUUAUUAUACUUGUUGAAUAUGUUUUCAUAUGAUUCACGUCAUUUUAAUUAAUUAAUUUAUUUAUUUUGAAAGAUUGUUGUUUAGAAUAAUGUACGUUGGUUGUAGGCUAUAUAGGCUAGGUAAAAGAAAAGUUACCGUGUGUUAGACUUUGUCAUUCAGUAACGAUAAGAAAAAUGUUAAGCAUCAACUUGCACAUUUAGUGUUUAUUUAUUUGAUAUAUCUAUAUAUUUUGUGAUGCAAUUAGAUAAAUCUGCUGUUUUUCCUUAUGAGUUUGUCAUGCAUUAGAACAACGAAUUUAUUACAACGAAAUCUUUUUUGAAUAACUGGUAUGUAAAUCAAUGGUCCACUAAUCUCGAUUGAAUUGUAGGCCUAUGAUUUAUGAGAUAACAGACUGGCAUAUCAUUGUAUGACCAAAAAUUACAUCGCAAGUCACAUUUUCUUUCACGUGUGUUCACGUGCUGAUGUCUGAGAUGUUUAUAUUUACCACCACACAAAAAUUAUACAAUAGGCCUAAGUUAAAUUUCGUUAUAGUAAGUUAUUUUUUAGUGAAAACAUAUCUGCUAUCCAAAGAUCUUUCUUGACUUUUCAGGGUCGUGCCCUUUGCCUUUUAUUGUUUUAUGCACAUAUUUUGUAGUAAAGUCGCUGUGACAGCCGGGUUUUUUUUUUUUUUUUUUUUUUUUUUUUUUAAGGUAGCCUAGUUUUGAUUUUCAUAUUUUGUGGUUUAUUCGUUUAUCUUUUUUAAAUAAAUUAACAAUCAAAACAUGUUGAUUCUUUAAUCACAAAUGACGAAUAGCUAAUAAAACAAAAUAAUGUCUAUUUAUUAAAUUUAAUAAGCUUAAAGAUAAUACGAUUAAAGAUAAAUUUGCCAAGAUAUGUAAAUUCAGUGAAAAACGGAUGAACAGUGGUCAGUCACGUUAGGCAUUGGAGUGUGGGUUUUGCUCUACGUGUGUUUGCUCCUUGUUCUCCCUCUUGGCUGAAAGGCCGUUUCCCCAGAGAGGGGGCAGGUGUUACUCCAGACGAGCCAAGACAACCAAAUUACUGGCCGUCUGGCACCUCCCGUGGGAAACACACGCACACACACACACACACACACACACACACACACACACACACACACACACACACACACACACACACACGCACACGUUUGAUUUUGUGAAUUGUGGGGACAUUCCA